GGGGGGGGGGGGGGGGGGGGUGGAGGAUUGUGUGUAGUGCAGCGAAGGAUUUUUGUUGACAUGGCGGAAUACCGUGGCUUUUGGGGAGACGGGGGAAGAGGGGGGGUGUUCUUGGGAUGUUUCGAUGUCACAGCGGCGGUGGAGUGGGAAGGAGUGCUGUUGGGGGAAGUCUUCUCCCACAUUUCUGCACGCAAGGAGCCUAGAAAAAAUAGACCAAGGGACCGCCCCAUGAAGUGCCACCCAGUACGUGAUGUUACUCGCACACAGGUCGAGAUGGAAAUGGUUCUCUCUGUUGAAGGCGGUCUUCGGGGAUACGAUCAUUCGAUGACGUCAUUCGCUCUUCCAUUAUCGUUCACCAAGGCUUUUCGAUCAGAAGCAGUUGCAGAGGGCACGGCGACAAUAGAGACGGACUACGGGAAAGUCAUAUUGUCGGGACCGGCGACCGGCGAUCUUCCGCGUCUGGUUGAAUGGGUGGAGAAGUGUCUGCAAGGGGAAGAACUCGAUUCGGCCGACGUUUGCCAGAUUUGCAGUCAAAGGACGGAAUCUGGCGGUCGAGAGCUGCAGUUGGCAAACCUGAGGGAGAUGAACGCUGAACCGGUCAUUAGGGAAUCUCAGAAGAGGAAGCGGGAGGAAGAGGAAUGGAUGUAUGAGGACAUGGAGGAGCAUGCAAGGAAGAGGAGGAUAGCCGAUACGAACAUGGCCAAGCUUUCGCAGAGACAAACUAGCCUGCUCGAGCUUUGGGGAGAGGCCCGGUGCAACAACAAAACUCAGGAGCUGGGUGCAGAUUUGAGGACAGACAAAGACCGGGUGCAUCAUCGACCAGGUGCUGAGGGUCAGGGGACGGAUAGACCGGACCUGAAAGAACCAAGACAAGCUGCAGAAGACAGGAGAGCUAAUCUUGAGAGUGGAAUGGUUCCAUUCCACAGGGAGAAUGAAGCACAGGAGGGCCACGGAGAGAAAGCCCAAAAAACACUCAAAGAGGAAGAAGGGAGGCUCAAAGCACAGCUGGAAGCGAGGAUUCAACCAAACAGACAAGGGCAGCAAAGCCAGGGCGAGGAAAGACAGGUAGGGCACCCUCCACGUUCGGAGAAGGCUGAGGCUGAGCGUCGGGAAAAAGAGAAGCAUCUGAGAAGUAGCAGAGCGGAGGCGAACCAAAUCAACGACUGCAAGGAGAGACCACCAGUGAAGCAAGAAAUUGGAGAGACGUUGACGGGAGAAGGUCACAGAGGAAGACCGGAGCAUGAAGUACUCAAGAGUAGGGGUCCACAAGAAGGAAUUGAUGCAGAAAGGAGAAACACAACAAGAGCGCGACCAGAAGGAGAUCAGAUGAGAGCGGAGCCUGACAUAACCACGAGGAAACCUGCAAGUGCAGAGCAGAGCAGGCCAGUGAAACCAAUUGCAGAAGGAAAAACGGACAUCAGAAUGCAAGCAGAGUUAUGUAAGAGCAGAACAGAGCACGGCGCCACCGGGGCGGAACACAGGAGGCCGCAAGAAAGAAUUGCUGAAGGGAAAUGUGAAGCAAGGACACAACCAGAAGUGCAUCAGAGGAGAGCAGACCAUGCAGUUGCGAGGGGUAAAUCUGGAGCUGCAGAGCACAGCAGACCGCCGGACACGAUCACAGCAGAAAAAAACGAAGUGAAAAUGCAAGCAGAAGUACGUCAGAGAACAGAGCAAGGAGCGGCUCGGGUGGAGCGCAGGAGGCCGAAAGAAGAAAUUGAAGAAGGGAAAAACGAAACAAGAACGCAACCAGAAGUAAUUGGUCAGAGGAGAGAACAAGGGAUUGCCGACUGGAAGGAAGUAUCAGAGAGUAAACCGGCAUGUGGAGCGCCUGGCAGGCCGCAUGAAGCGGUUGCGGAAGGGAAAAAAGAAGUGCGCAUGCAAGUAGACGCACCUCCGAGGAGAAUUCAGCAUGGGUUAGUUAACAGCAAACCUGCAGCUGUGGAACAUAGGAGGCCACAAGAAGGAAUGGAAACAGGAAAAAGUAAAGCAAGAAGGGAGGAAGAAGCACAUCAGAGAAGAGGUGAGCAUGAAGAAGGCAAGGGUCAACCGUUAGGAGGAGGUGCACCGCAGAGAACGCCACGAGAAGGAACUUCCGACGACACGAAUCGGAUGAAAAACCAAGGGGGAAUAUGUCAGAGAGACGAGGCACAGAAAAACAGUGCACCUAUGUCGGAGAGAUCAGGCAGAGAAAUGAGGACAAGUGAGGGGGGAGGGAGAUGUGAGGAGGAGACAGAGGCGAAAGAGCGCACACAGGAAAAAGAAAGUUGCCUUGAGGAGACCAUAGUAGGGGAUGUAUCUCAGGAAGAACACCCUGUGAGGAAAGAGAUAGAGCAAAUGCAAAGCAAGAUCAGCGAACGACAGCGAGAACUACAGAAGGACGUGGGUGGAUGGAAGUUGGAUGCCGAAUGCAGAGAAGCAGCGUUGCGUGAAUUGGUUUAUGCAGAGAACAGGUUUCUGAAGGAGGAGGCAAAGCGACGUCAGAAAGCGCAAAAUGGAAGGCUUGGGAGGAAAUAUGGGUGGAAACUGCAUGAGGAGCAGAGGAGACGUGCAGAGGAAGAAGAGACAAGGUGGUGGGAGGAGGAGGAGAAAGCGUACAGGAUUGAAGAGGAGAGGAGGCAGAUGGUCCAGGAGGAGGCAAGAUGCACAAAGGAGAAGGGGCUCCAGGAGAAGCAGAGCGAGAUUUUCCACGACACUAGUCUGAGCUGGAAAGUCAAGGUGAGCAGACGUGAACAGGAGGUGUGGAUGCUCAUAGCGCAUGAUGAGAUGUUAGCAGAAGAGCGCUUGUGCACUGCGGCAGAGGAUAGGUGGGACAAAAUUGUGGGAUGGCGGGAGAAGUAUGAUAAUGAGAGGACGUCAUGGGAGCAGAAGAUGACCAAGGCAGAAGAUGUGGGGGGAAGAUUCUGGGAUGAAGUGAGGACAUCUAGGGGAAAACACACGCGUUAUAUCGAGGCGGUGGAGAGGCCGGAGAAGGAGAAGGAUGCGAAGUUUUUCUGGUCGAUUGCAGAGAGAGACUGCAGGAAAGAGGUAAAAAGGAGAAAAGAGGAGGAGGAAGAAAGGAAGAAGAGGGAGGAGGGGACAUGGAGCAAAGAGGAUGAGAAGCAGAAACAGAUGAAAGAAGAGGACAGGCGACGCAGAUCAUUAUGGCCUUGGUGUCGGCGGGCCAGAAACCCGGAUGAUUGCGAGUAUCUCUUUGCAGAGAUUACUUUCCGAAAGUGGAAGGACUUCAAAUGGAGGCUAGAUGUGGAAGCAGAGUGGAGAUGUGCGAUGGCAAAGGAAAGGAUAAAGGAAGAAAGAAGGCGUCGUGCUGAAGUUGAAGGAAAGCUUAACGAGAGGCGGAAGAGGAGACAAGACGAGGACGAGGAGAGAAGGGAGGUUGAGGGUGAGGGGGCCAGUCACUGGGUGUAUGUGCGAAGAUUCAACGAGGAAGGAGAGAGAAGAUGCAGGAAGAGCGAGGAGAGGAGGUUGAAACGGGCAAAUAGGCGCAGAGAGGAGGAGGAGAGCUCGCCGCAUGAGGAAGAAGGUCGGCCACAGCAGGACAAAAGUAAACUGGACAAGGGGCUAGCAUGGGCGUGUGAAUAUCUUGAGAUUCUUGAGGAGACAAGGCACGUAAAAGAGGAGGACAGUAGGGACAUGGAGAGGAGCUGGAGGCGUGCGCUCAAGGACGAGAGAUCAGAGGAGAAACGGAGGCGUUCUCUGUGGGAGAAGAGGAGGCGAAAGGAUGACGACGAACGGAGACACGUGGAGGAGGAGGGGAACAGGUUCUGGAAGGAGACAAGGAAGUUUUGGGAGGGAUUUGAGAAGUGGCUGAGGGAGGAGGAAGAGAGGAGACGCCUGGAAGACGACCGGAGAAGGCGCAGGCUGGAGCAGGAGCUGGUUUCCAGGGAGGAGGCCAAGACCCUCAGGGAAGAGCAGAGGAGGCAAAUGGAGAUGGAGGGGGGAGAUUCCAGCCAGGUCGCAAGGUUACUACAAGACAAGGAAGUAGAGUGGCAGAAAACUCUAGAAGACAGGAGACGUGAAGGUGAGCAAUGGGAACUGGAAUGGAGAAAGAAGUGGACAGAGGUUGUCAAAGAGAGUAGAACAAUGCAAGAUGAGAGUAGGAAACUGGAGGAGGAAUGGAGGCAUGUAAUGGAGAAGGAGAGAGUGGAGGGGAGAAAGAGGUUGCUGAGGGAGAAAGCGAGGAAGCGCAAAAAGGAUGAGGCUAUUAGUCAGAUAGAAGAUGAGGGGGAGAAGUUCUGGAAAGAGGAGAGAAAAGGAGAAGGGACGCAGAGAGGCGUAAAGGAAAUCGGGGGGAAAUCUGGAGCUUGAUGGAGAAGCUGGGAAAAAGAGACAUGCAGAGGAGGGUGAAGGGAAAAAACGGGAAGAUGAAAGCCGCAUUUCUGCCUGCAUA